GCAGCGUGACUGACAGACUCCCUCCGGGGGAGGCGGGAGGGGAGCUGACGGAGGAGGUCGAGAGUGGCGGACACGGAUUCGCACCGCCCAGGACAAGACCCCAGGCCACCCCAGCAGAAUGGAGGAGAUGCAGGCCCUGGUGGAGAGGCUGGAACGAGCCGUCGGCCGGCUGGAGCUGCUGUCUGCCGUGUCACACCGGCCCCCCGGGAACUGUGGGGAGAUCAACGGUGUCGACGGAGGUAUGGCACCCUCGGUGGAAGCCUUUGACAAACUGAUGAACAGCACGGUGGCUGAGUUUUUAAAGAAGAGUAGGAUCCUUGCUGGUGAUGUGGAGACCCACGCAGAAAUGGUGCUCAGCGCUUUCCAGGCCCAGCGGGCUUUCCUUCUGAUGGCCUCUCGGUACCAACAACCCCAAGAGAAUGACGUGGCUGCACUUCUGAAGCCAAUAUCGGAAAAGAUUCAGGAAAUCCAGACUUUCAGAGAGAGGAACCGGGGCAGUGCGAUGUUUAACCAUCUUUCGGCCAUCAGCGAGAGCAUCCCUGCCCUUGGGUGGAUAGCUGUGUCCCCCAAACCCGGUCCUUAUGUCAAAGAGAUGAAAGAUGCCGCCACCUUUUACACGAACAGGGUUCUAAAGGACUACAAACACAGCGACCUGCGCCACGUGGACUGGGUGAAGUCGUACCUGAGCAUUUGGAGUGAGCUGCAAGCAUACAUCAAGGAGCACCACACCACAGGUCUGACCUGGAGCAAAACGGGUCCUGUAGCGUCCACUGCGACCCCACUGUGCGCCCUGUCCCCUGGGCCUGGCCUUCCUCCACCCCCUCCUCCUCCGCCUCCUCCGGGGCCACCUCCACUCUUUGAGAAUGAAGGCAGAAAAGAGGAGUCCUCUCCUUCCCGCUCAGCUUUAUUUGCACAACUUAACCAAGGGGAGGAGAUUACGAAAGGGCUCCGGCAUGUCACAGAUGCCCAGAAGACAUACAAGAAUCCCAGCCUGCGAACUCAAGGAGGACAAACGCCAUCGCCCACCAAAAGCCACUCUCCGGGCCCCAGGGUUCCGCAGUCGCGUCCUCUUCAGAAGCAUGCCCCGGUGCUGGAGCUGGAAGGGAAGAAGUGGAGAGUCGAAUACCAAGAAGACAGGAACGACCUUGUGAUUUCAGAGACUGAACUGAAACAAGUGGCUUACAUUUUCGAGUGCAACAAGUCUACGCUACAGAUAAAAGGGAAAAUAAAUUCCAUUACAAUCGACAACUGUAAGAAGUUUGGUCUGGUUUUUGACAAUGUGGUGGGCAUUGUGGAAGUGAUCAACUCCAAGGACAUUCAAAUGCAGGUGAUGGGGAAAGUGCCAACAAUCUCCAUCAAUAAGACGGAAGGCUGCCAUGUGUACCUCGGCGAAGACGCGCUGGACUGUGAGCUCGUGAGCGCCAAAUCCUCGGAGAUGAACGUACUGAUCCCCCAGGGCGGCGAUUACAGAGAAUUUCCCAUUCCUGAACAGUUCAAGACAGCAUGGGAUGGAUCCAAGUUGGUCACUGAACCUGCAGAAAUUAUGGGCUAAUCUCCAGAGAGACCAGACCCCCUGAUCUGAAUCUCCCAAUAAUAAUUUUAAAAAGCAACAUUAAAAACCUAGAAGUUGCAGUAGCUCCUACUGCUUUAGCUGUGGCUUCCAACAAUUCUGUUACAGAAACAGCAUCAUUUCUGGCAUGCCUUCAUGGGGAUUUUGAAAUAUUUAACAUUUCUUCAUGAUUUGCCUUUGUGUGUGAUUUGAGUUCUACAUGAUAACUUGUGAGCAUUAUGCAUUUAAAGGGAAAAAAAGAAUUCUCUUCCCCUUAUAUCACUAACACAGUAGCUGAUAGGUAAAAAUACUGCAUGGUUCACUUUUGCAAUAAUGUUUAAUUGCUAGUUGGAAAAUAAAAACGUUGAGAAUCUAAGAUGUACAUUUUUACCUUCUAGACAAUUUCAAUAUGAGGUAUAGUAGUAAGCUCGGAAAAAUCCGCCUUUUUUUUUUUCUUAUUUUUACCACAUGUUCACCUUUAUCAGUGUGGAUACACCAUCAUCAUGAACACAUAUUUCAACCCAUGUUUUUACAGAACAAAAGAAAAUGCCGUACAAAGGACCACAUCCAGUUUCUUAGUCCUUGGAUGACCUGUAUUCUUUACAGUUACUAAAAACCAAAAGUAAAUUCUAAUUAUUUAUGUUAAAUAUUUCCACCUUGUCAGUUGGGAAACUUUUACUUUUCUGCAUAAAGAUUUUUAUGCCAAAAAAAUUGGUGGGAGGAAGCUGAUUUAGUACCUCACAAUUUUGCUCUAAGAUCAAGCUCAGUUUUAAUUUUCCAGUUUUGCACCUGUUAAAUAUCAGAUGCCUCAUAAGUGAUGUCUUUAAUGUUUUAUUAUAGACCACUUUCUUCCUUUCCACUUGCCAGACUUGCUAACCAGUCUCAGAAAGGAACAUGAAAAAGCCAUAAAUGUAUUACUUCUUCCAGAACCCAAGGAAUUGUUUGUUGGUUUGGCUUGCUGCUCCCAUUCUGUAGCACUGAUAGUACAUGCUUUUUCAACAUAGUAUGAUACUUCUUUGUAUCGUUUUAGUGCAUAGUGCUGAAAAUCUGCAACUUCUUGGAUCACGUGUAAUGAAUUAUAGUAUAAUGCUUGCAGACCCAAUACAAGCAUAUAUAUUGUGCCUAUUACAGCCUUUGGAAUAUAUUAUUUCCGUUUUUUAAAAAUAUCUUCUAUAUCCAUAUAGAAUUAAAAUCACUAAUGCUCAUGUACCAAGGUUUUGCAAUAAAAGUUUUGUCCAAAUGAAUAAAGUUGUGGCUUUAGUAAAUAUCUUUUUUCCAACUGUAAACUUAUUCUGCAAUAAAGUACGGUUCUAAUUGUUUAA